AUGAGAAACAGAGAAAUGGAUCCUCUGGUAGUAGGAAGAGUAAUUGGAGACGUAGUGGACCCCUUUACGAGGUCGGUGUCUAUGAGGGUCAUCUACCCCAAUAACAGAGAAGUCAUUAAUAGUCGUGAGCUCAGGCCCUCCCAGGUGGUUUCUCAACCCAGGAUCGAAGUUGGCGGGGGACACGACCUCAGGAACUUCUACACUCUGGUAAUGGUCGACCCUGACUCGCCCAGCCCCAGUGAUCCAAGCUUACGAGAGUACUUGCACUGGUUGGUCACUGAUAUUCCCGCAAAUACGGGAGCAACCUUCGGACAAGAGAUCGUGUGCUACGAGAGUCCACGGCCAGCGGUGGGGAUUCAUCGUUACGUGUUUGUGUUGUUUCAGCAACCAGGAAGGCAAGCGGUGUAUGCGCCGGGAUGGCGUCAAAACUUCAACACCAGAGACUUUGCAGAGCUUUAUAAUCUGGGACAGCCAGUCGCAGCUGUUUACUUUAAUUGCCAACGAGAAAGUGGUAGUGGUGGAAGGAGAGCUUAAUCUCAAGCUAAACUCAUCCACCAUCUCCGUCGUUUCCUUCUGUCCUGUGUUUCGCAAUCAUCCAUAUGAAUAUCCAACAUAUAAUAAAAACUUACAAAAUGUAAGGAGGACAAGUCAUGCAUAGGAAGACUCAUCUUAAACAUUACUCUAGUAAGUAUUUAAAUAUUCGGAACCCGGAAAAUGACUUCCUUAGGUUAGUUAUAUAGUUAUAUAGUUGUGUGUGUGUGUGUGUUUCUCUCAACUAUAUUGUAUGUUCCUCUUUAAUAUAAUAAACU